AAAUUUUAAAAUUCCAUAAAUUGAUUGAAUUUUCUUGCAAUUUAGCUUUCCCCUUUUGGCAAGGAGUCACUCCUCUCCACCUUUAGUCUUUCCACUCGGGGCUCGUGUCCUUGCAUCUCUCACCUCUGGCAUUCCUUGCUCUAGCCAAUUCCACUCCUCCUAGUCCUCAUUGAGGGCAUUGAGGCCCAUCUACAGUUGCAGUGUCCCAACACUAGCCCACAUGACCCUCUGACGUCAUGCGUGGAGUGUGCCUCCUCCCUGCUCCUUGAAGGGUCCUGCCAAGCAGCCCCAGCACCACAGGCUGAAUCUGCUUCGCCCAUCGCAGGGUCACCCCUGGGUACUUACAUUCGACGUCCUUCUUCAUCUCCUGCCAUUGCCAGUUAAACGCUUCCCUCGUAAUCUUCCUCUUCUGCAUGAAUCUAACCGCCUUUGUCUUUCCAACAUUCAGCGACACCCAUUCUCCUCUGUCCAUCGUUCUAGCCUACCAUAUCCGCUUGCAUAUGUACUCUUCCCCCACCACUGAAUCAGUGAAACAUUAGUUAUCGGAACCAACAUCGGAAUUUAAUUUUUUUCAGUAUUGGACCAUCACUAAUACAAACCAAUUUAAUGGAUUUUUUUUGGGCAAAGCUGCCUAGUUGGGUUGACAUGCCGUGAGGCUGUACCUGAUUUUAAGUACACAGUUGUGUACUUGCGACCUUGCGUACUUCACUUGCCUUUGUGGCGUACUUGACAAGCCCAGACGGGUUAAGUGUAGGCCGCUUCAAACAUGAUUAAGUUAGUCAAACAGGUUGAUAAUUUUUUUCUUCCAACAAUCAGUUUUAUUGGAACAACAAUGUUUAACUGAAAUUAGUAACACUUUAUUAGUGCCACUUGUAUUUACAGCAGUUUACUUUAUGAUUCUAUUUGUUUCAAAUUUUUUAUCAGUAUAUAUGUACAUUGAAACCGCCAGUCAAAUAUAAAGUGGAAAUGAUUUUGCAAGUCUUUAAAUACAACUUUCAAAAAGUUUUUUUUUGACGUGAUAACGUCUUAUAAAAGAUGAACGCCGGCUGCACGCACGAAAAAGCAUGACUCAUUGUCACGUUCUGCCUGAGCCGAGCGUGCAAGAACCAGCCAACCGCCGUGCGAGAAGAUCUUCUGUAAUAUCAAACAGUGUUUCGUCAUGAAGUGCGCAAGAAGUACUUCACUUGAGACGUCGAGGUGAAUGCAGACACGACCGACCCUGCGCUGGUGUCAGCUGUGUUGUCGCAGGCGAUGGCCAAAGGCGUGUGCAUAGAGCAGGACCCAGCGAGGCCUCGGCUGGUUCAGACGGAGAUACUGUCCGUGAAGGAGGAGAUCAAGAGUGAAGACGAGGCUGAUAGAGAGUGGCCCGGGAACGCGCCCGCUCCGACGGUGAAGGAAGAGGUAACCGUAGAGGACUUCCAGGCGUGCGAGCAGCUAGCAGUAGCAGCAGCAGCAGCCGCAGUCGCGCUCUCAGGGUGCAAAGAAAGCAGCGAAUGGCUGUCUAUGGAUGAAGAGCAGACUGAGGAUGAAAAAAAUUCAACUUUAUCAGUUUGUGUGAAUAACCGUUUAUUACAUCAACAAUCGUGUUCUUCAUUUCAGUCAAGUCAUUUGAAGACACUGGGAUUGAGUGUGGGGGAGCGAACCCAAGGAUUGAAGCAAUUGUUGAAUCACAAGAUGUGUCCAGGUGUGAUUGAUAAUAAUACUAGUGCAAAACACAAUGUUGGAAGAUCCUUAUCAUUUUCACAAUGUUCUGCUAAGUUUGAUCCAAAGGGCAGUUCAUUUGUACAACUCAGAAAACACACUAGUAAGAAGACAUACCCAUGUUCACUAUGUUCUGCUAAGUUCAGUACAAAUAGUUACCUUAAGAUACAUACGAGAAUACACACAGGUGAAAAGCCAUUUUCGUGUUCAUUGUGUUCUUCUAAGUUCACGGGAAAGAGUUCACUUAAGGUUCAUGUAAGAAAACACACUGGUGAAAAGCCAUUCUCAUGUUCAUUAUGUUCUUCUAAGUUCACUGAAAAGAGUGCACUUAAGGUUCAUGUAAGAAAACACACUGGUGAAAAGCCAUUCUCAUGUUCAUUAUGUUCUUCUAAGUUCAGUACAAAUAGUGACCUUAAGAUACAUACGAGAAUACACACAGGUGAAAAGCCAUUUUCAUGUUCAUUGUGUUCUUCUAAGUUCAGUACAAAUAGUUACCUUAAGAUACAUACGAGAAUACACACAGGUGAAAAGCCAUUUUCAUGUUCAUUGUGUUCUGCUAAGUUCAGUACGAAUCAUUACUUUAAGGUUCAUAUGAGAAUACACACAGGUGAAAACUCAUUCUCAUGUUUAUUUUGUGAUGCUAAGUUCAUCCAAAAUAGUUACCUUACAAAACAUAUGAGAAAGCACACUGGUGAAAAGCCAUUCUCAUGUUCUUUAUGUAAUGCUAAGUUCACUCAAAAGAGUAAUUUGAUUGGACACCUCAGAAAACAUACAGGUGAAAGACCAUUUUCAUGUUCAUUUUGUACUCUAAAGUUUAGUGAAAAGUUUAGACUUAAUGCUCAUGUAAAAAAACAUACUGGCGAAAAGCCAUUCACAUGUUCACUAUGUUCUUUGAAGUUCACUCAAAAGUAUAGUUUGAUUGUACACCUCAGAAAACACACUGGUGAGAUGCCAUUCUCGUGUUCUUUAUGUUCUGCAAAGUUCGCAAUAAAGAGGCAUUUGAUUCUACACACCAGAACACACACUGGUGAAAAGUCAUUCUCAUGUUCAUUGUGUUCUUCUAAGUUCAGUACAAAUAAAGACCUUAAGAUGCAUACGAGAAUACACACAGGUGAAAAGCAAUUUUCAUGUUCAUUGUGUUCUGUUAAGUUCAGUACAAAUAGUUACCUUAAGAUGCAUACGAGAAUACACACAGGUGAAAAGCCAUUUUCAUGUUUAUUGUGUUCUUCUAAGUUCACGGGAAAGAGUUCACUUAAGGUUCAUGUAAGAAAACACACUGGUGAAAAGCCAUUCUCAUGUUCAGUAUGUUCUGCUAAGUUCAGUACGAAUAGUUACUUGAAGGUUCAUAUGAGAAUACACACAGGUGAAAACCCAUUCUCAUGUUCAUAUUGUUCUUCUAAGUUCAGUACAAAUAGUUACCUUACAAAACAUAUGAGAAAGCACACUGGUGAAAAGCCAUUCUCAUGUUCAUUGUGUUCUUCUGAGUUCUUUGAAAAGAGUUCACUUAAGGUUCAUGUAAGAAAACACACUGGUGAAAAGCCAUUCUCAUGUUCAUUAUGUUCUUCUAAGUUCAGUACAAAUAAAGAUCUUAAGAUACAUACGAGAAUACACACAGGUGAAAAGCCAUUUUCAUGUUCAUAUUGUUCUUCUAAGUUCAGUACAAAUAGUUACCUUAAGAUACAUACGAGAAUACACACAGGUGAAAAGCAAUUUUCAUGUUCAUUGUGUUCUUCUAAGUUCAUUGAAAAGAGUACACUUAAGGUUCAUGUAAGAAAACACACUGGUGAAAAGCCAUUCUCAUGUUCAUUAUGUUCUGCUAAGUUCAGUACAAAUAGUUACCUUAAGAUACAUACAAGAAUACACACAGGUGAGAAGCCUUUUUCAUGUUCAUUGUGUUCUUCAAAGUUCAUUAAAAAGAGUGCACUUAAGGUUCAUGUAAGAAAACACAUUGGUGAAAAGCCAUUCUCAUGUUCAUUUUGUUCUGCUAAGUUCUGUGAAAAGCGUUCACUUGGUAGGCAUCUAAAAACUCAUGGAUGAAAAUACAUUCUCAUGUUCAUUAUGUUCCCUUAAGUGCAUUGAAAAUAAUGAACUUACUAAACAUAAGAGAAAAAUCACUGGUUUUAAGCCACUCUCAUGUGCAAGUUGUUUAGCUAAAUUUUGUGAAAGGAGUUUGUUUAGUAAGCAUCUAAUUAUACUUAUGGGUGUGAAGCCUUACUGAUGUUAAAUUUUUUCUGCUAGUUUCAGUGAAAAUAUCUUAGAAAGCCUAUAAAAAAACAUGCAGGUGAACUGCAUUCUCAUAUUAACAAUUUUCUUCUAAGUUUGCUAAACAGUGUACCUUGAGUCUUCUCUUGUGCACACACAAUUUUAAAAAAGAAAAUAUGUGUUUAUUAUACUCUCCGGCAUUCAUUUCAAUGAGUUAUUUGAUUACAUACCUUUUGAUUCACCAGCAAGAAGCCAUUUAAUUUUAUUUUGUUGUAUUUACUUAAAUAAUGUAGUUCUUGAAAUAAAUAAUGUAUGAAUACUGUAAAAGUUGUUUAUGUGUUUAUAAUGUUAUGCUAGGUUUACCGAAAGUUAAGAUUUAAAAUUUACAAUAUAAGAACACAAACUGUUGAUUCAACAUUCUGUUUGUUAAGUCGUAUAAAGUUUCGUCAAAGAAUUGUCAUCAAUGGACAAUCGGAACAGGCAUAGGUGAGACGGCACUUGAGAGAUGAUAAUGUUCUGCCUGCAUUCAGUUGUGAGCUGGUUGUUGACUUGUACCUGAUGAGUUGAUAACUGAUGUGUAUAAUUUGUUAAGCUGUGUUCUCCUCAGAGACAUCCAGGUGUGCACCUACAUAGUAUUUCACAUGUACAACCAAUUAAUUAAAUAUAUUGUUAAAAACAAUAUAACUCCCUAACAUGAAUAUAGUUGAAUAAAACAUAUUUGUACAAAUUUUA